AGAUGGAGAUGGGGAUUUGGCUUGUUAGUCUGGAUCCGAUGUAAAACAACUCUCCGAAUAUAAGAACUAAUUGUAACGUAUAUUCUAACAAAAGGAUCUUUAUGAAAAAAACAAGGUUUAUAUAUUUCUUUCCUCUGCUGAUGUCAGUGGCUGAAAUGAGAGUGGCUGGAGCCGAGGCAAGACUUUAGGAUAUGAACAUGAAAUGAGUGAAUAGCAUCUCUGUGUUGACCUGCAUAAAACAUUGUGUUCCUGUUUUGUGCUUCAAGUUCCCUUGUGGAGUUUUUGUAGUGUUUUAGACCUGACCUGCGAGACGUGGAAAAGGCAAUAAACAAAGGUCCUUCCUGCAAGGACAUCUGAAAAUCAAUGACUAUGUUUCAGACUGUGCCAGACACCUCUUCUUACGUUAAGGAGGCAUUGUCGGUGGUAAGUGACGACCAGUCCCUCUUUGACACUUCUUACGGAGCUGCAGCCCACCUGGCCAAGGCUGAUAUGACUGCCUCUGGGAACCCAGAUUAUGUCCAGCCACAUAAAAUUAACCCUUUGCCGCACCAGCAAGAGUGGAUCUCACAGCCAGUCCGUGUUAAUGUCAAGAGGGAAUACGAUCACAUCAAUGGAUCUAGAGAGUCUCCUGUUGACUGUAGCAUCAGUAAAUGUAAUAAACUGAUAGGUGGGUCGGAGACCAAUCAAAUGGGUUAUGGCAGCUACAUGGAUGAAAAAGAUGGACACCCUCCCCCCAACAUGACAACAAAUGAGAGAAGAGUAAUUGUUCCUGCAGAUCCAACCUUGUGGACUCAGGAGCACGUGCGGCAGUGGCUGGAGUGGGCUAUCAAAGAGUAUGGCAUGUUAGAUAUUGACACAAUGCUGUUCCAGAACACAGAUGGCAAGGAGCUCUGCAAGAUGAGUAAGGAAGACUUCCUGCGAAUAACCUCGAUAUAUAAUGCCGAGGUCCUGCACUCACAUCUAUCUUAUCUCAGGGAAAGUAGUUCUUCAUUAACCUACAACACACCAUCCCAUAAUGAGCAGUCUCCCAGGCUGAUUACUAAGGAUGAGUCUGCGUAUGACACAGUGAGGAGAUCUGGUUGGGGCAACAACAUAAGUUCUACGGUCAGUAAAAGUUCUCCUGUUGUACCAACCCAGACUGCGAACAAGAGUACAGAACAGCACCGCUCUCAACCAGAUCCUUAUCAGAUCUUGGGACCAACAAGCAGCCGACUGUCAAAUCCAGGAAGUGGGCAGAUCCAGUUAUGGCAAUUCCUGCUGGAGUUGCUAUCAAAUAGUUGCAAUGCCAGCUGCAUUACUUGGGAAGGAACUAACGGUGAAUUCAAAAUGACAGAUCCAGACGAGGUUGCCAGACGCUGGGGUGAACGGAAAAGCAAGCCCAACAUGAAUUAUGAUAAGCUGAGUCGAGCCCUGCGAUAUUACUAUGACAAAAACAUUAUGACAAAGGUCCAUGGCAAGAGAUAUGCCUACAAAUUUGACUUUCAUGGUAUUACCCAGGCCUUACAACCUCAUCCAACGGAGACAUCUAUGUAUAAAUACCCUUCAGAUAUAACCUACAUGUCUUCCUAUCAUCCCCACCAGCAAAAGGUGAACUUUGUCUCUCCACACCCAACGUCAAUGCCCGUCAGCUCUUCCACCUUCUUUGGCACAGCUUCACCAUACUGGAGCUCACCUGCAGGUGGCCUGUACCCUAAUCACAAUGUCCAGCGCCAUCCUAAUAGCCAUGUGUCUUCACACCUGGGUGGCUACUAUUAGACAUUUAUACUAGCAAUCCCUACUGGUUAAGAUGGAAUAAAACAGGACUUUAGGGACACGUGAUUUGCAUCAAAGACCUGGUUUGCAAAAUGAAAGUGACCUUAGUACUGGACACUUAGUACUGGAUUUUUGUUUUAAUUCUGUAGCUUCUCUUCAGGGUGGAGUUUUGGCCAGUAUAUUUUAUAGACAUAUUUUAGUGUUACAAAAUGGUCAACAGCACCUGGAUUUAAACAUUCCUGUUUUUUUGCUAUUACUUUAACUACCUAAAAGCUCUUUGUAAGAUACUGGCUUAGAGAGGAUGUUCUUUGGGAACAAAGCAUAAUAUAUGUCAUCAGAAUGCAACCAAGACAUCUUGUUUGGCUAAUAAGGGGAGACACUUAUGGAUGUCCUUAAACCCCUGGAAUAAAUGUUGAUAGAGGAUGUCAAAUUACAAUUUUUCUGAUGUUAAAGAGGCAGUGUGAACUGAAAAGUAUGUUCUCCUCUCUUCAAAAAGAAAAAAAAAUCAAGACUUUUAAAUCUGAAUUGUAACUGGAACAUUAGUACUCAGAUGCGUUUUGCUGUCCAUCUAGAAAGAAGCUUUAAGAUCUUCAAGAUUUUUUAAGAAACAUAUCCUAUCAGCUACAUUUUUAGAAGAUAGUCAUUUCUGAAAAAAAAAAAAAGAACUUCUGUUAAUUGAAAAUUGUCUUGGUGCUGUUCUGCUGUUCUUAUUAUUAUAUUUUUUUACAUUAUUGUGGGUCUAAAGCAUCAGCUCUUACAUACAGAUACAUAAUUACAACUUUCACUUCUAUAAAACAUUCACACCCAAUGUACUACAGCACAGAUAACUGAUGGCAGUAAACCAUGAUUUCUGGUCCUGUUGUAUUUUGUUUGAGGAUUUAGAUCCAAACUCCUGAAAGCCUGCUGCAUUCAUUUAAAAUAAUCUGAUGUCUGCUGGAAAUGUUCUCCUUGUAACAUGUUGUACUCACACUGCUUAACACACUAAGUCUAAAUGAGAGCACAUUUUUUUUAAACAGACUGUUACUGCUAAAUCCUCAGACACCUCAUGUUCUCAGCCUAUUUUGCCCAGUAAGAAAUCCACAUUCUUCACUCUGGAUAUGUUAUGUUCAUUUGUACUCAGUGAAAUCAGGAGGCAGAAAACUGCUACAAACGACAUAGUCUGAUGCUACUGUAAUAAGACUCUUGGAAAAAUGAGUCGAUCUACUAAAAAACAGACUUCUGUUCCUGAACCUGUUACACUUAUACUUCUGGAGGAUUAUAUUCCAAAGUUUUUACUGGAGUCUUAGAAUCUGAUUUUUAGAAAAAACAAAAAAAUCUGGAAAAAAAGAAGAGAAAAAUGUGAGGAUGAUCUAAAGCUGCACAUACUUCCUUCUAUACAUGCAUUGAAGUCACUUUGAAAAGAACUUGUGGCCUUUAAUUACAUUUUGUAGUAAUUUGUCAGAACCUUAUUAAAUGACUAUACUUGAUUUUACACAUGUUAAAAACAUACAGAAGCACAGAAAAUGUUAAAAAUGGCAAGUUCAUCAUUUUUUUUUCAUUAAAACAUAUUGUAAACAAGAAUGUCAUCAAGUGAAGAUGAAGCCACCAUUUUGUUUUGCUUAGACAUUCAGGAAAUAAAUAAUCCACACAAAACAUUUUGAGGCCUUCUGUUCUGAACCUGCUGUGCCUAAAGUUCAUCAGGUGGAAUGUUCUUAAUAUGAAACCUCUAGAAACCUGAUAGGCUUGUGUCACUAUAUCCAUAGUGCUUGAAGGCAAAUAUGUUCUAAAUCCAAAUUUCUAAAGCAGAAUAUUCCAAGAUAAUAUAAAAUAAGAGAAAAGCUAAAUUGUGAGACCUUAUGGCUAAACCUAACAUGAAAAAAUGGAUCUAGAACUUUGUGAAGUUUUAAGGAAAUAUUUACAGAAAUGUUGCAAAAUGUUCAGAGAUUCGCGAACGCUGUGCGUUUGUCAGCCCACCUGAGGGGUCAGCCGCGCAUAAAGCAACUUACUGUAUAAAUUAUGCAGAGUUAUUUUCCUAUAUCUUGCAGUAUUAAAACGAGUUGACCUCGGUCACAAAUGCAAUUUUUACUAUUGAAUCAUUUUUUAAAGUAAUAUGUAUGUCAUUUUUAUUGUCUGUACAUUUGGGCUACAGCAUUUUUCUGAAUAUGCAUUGAAGACAAAUGUUUUUUGAUGAGGAAAUGUUUAUUCACAAUAUUUUUACUUAAAUCCUAAGCACUGAUGAACUAUUUACAAUCAAAACAAGCUAAAAGCAAUGGACAUUUUAGUGCUUUUGGGAAUUUUAAUGUAGUGUAACUGCAGUAAUCACAGAAAUGUUCCCCAUUAAAAUGGGGCUUUUGCUACUAUAUAUGCAAUCUACUUUUUUGGAUACUAAAUAUAUAUACUUUUGCAAGUAAUCUUUGUUUUGUUUUUUCCCUGUUAUUGAGGGGAAAGAAUAUGUAUGAGGGUUCAUACUGUAAGAAAUAAAUCUGACAAAAUAAAUACCUGCUGCCCUUA